AUGUUCAAAUUAAAAUGGUUUUCUGGAGGAAAAGAAGUGAAGGCACAGCAGAAACCAUCACUUAAUGGGAGAGAACAACAGGUGAUGCUAAUGACAGUUCACCUGUACAACAGCAACCCGGGCAAGCAGCACUGCCUGCAGCCCCCUCUUCGUCCUCACCAGCAGCCAAGCCAGACUCACAGAAUCCCAGAACAGUCUGGUGCGUGCCUCCUGCUGCAGGUGAACGACCCCGACGCGGGGCUGUGGAUGGUUGUCUACUUAGUGCCAGCUGCCCUGACACUGCUUGUCAGCAUCAACCCUUCAAUAACAGACAAUGGUGUUUGGAGGAGCCUCUGUGACCUUCAUUCUGCUGGCUGUGUUUUUGGGACCAUUGCCUUGGCUUACUCUUUGUUUGCUUAUGCUCAAGGAAACAUUUUUCAUGAAGAGGAAGGCAGAGAGUUGUUUGGUCUGGUGAUUAUUACAAUAUGGAUGAGUCUUUGUCGCAGUUCAGCAAAGAGUCCCCUGGGAGGAGUUGGCUUGGUUGCCGCAGUCGUCGUUGCCCUCUUCCCCUUUGUUUCGUGGCUGUACAUUUAUGUGAACAAAGACAUGCGAGAGUCUUGGCCAACACACUGCAAAACAGUGAUGUAACCGGGUGGGAGAAAGCCUACAGUAACUAUGCUGACCUUACUUGCCUUUGUUUUUGGUGCUUUACAAAAGGUGAGUGUCAGUUUGAUAGGACCCAAGAAUACCUGGCUGCUUCCAGCAGUGCCAAUUUAGAUUUGGUAAAAUGUUGAUGAACACUCAACCUGAAUAGGGAAUUUUUCUAUGGAAACUCUUCACCUUGCUGCUUCUUAUAUUUUCCAAGCACCAUUGAUCUAAUAUCUGUUCUGAUGGUAUAUUUAAGAUAUCAUUCUAUCCCUGGAUCACUCUCCAAUCACCUCAUAGUUUGGACAAUCUACUAUUCUGUAACAUAAGGGGAAAGUAAAGCAAAUACUAUUUUAAUAAAUAUAUUUACAGCCAUAGA